AUGGCAUAUCGUGAACGGCGAUUGAAAAAUAAUGAGUCGGCGAGGAAAUCGCGUGAGUUACGACGUCAGAAAGAAGAAUCGACGCAACGCCGGUACGACCAACUGCUUCACGAAAAUAAUAUUCUGCGGGCGGAGCUGUCACUACUGCGCAACCAGGUUGAGCAGUUCAAGCAACUUUUGUCAAUCUCCUCAAAUACAGUAGCACAGCAGACAUUCAUCUCCGGCAGUUCUGCUCCCAUCCUGUAG